UCAGCUGUCAUCACAAAAAUACGCAAACGCAAACGGGUCGACGGCGAAACACUUUCACACAAUUUGGCAGCAUUUUCACCAGUGAUAUUUAGCCAUUUAGUGCAUCCGAAAUUGAAAUUUAAACCCGCAAAAUGGUAGAUGAAGGCACCCGCAAAACACUUAGCAGCAUUCCACUACUGCAGACCAAGGCUGGCCCCCGGGAAAAGGACCUUUGGGUGCAGCGAUUGAAGGAGGAAUACCAAGCUCUGAUCAAGUACGUCCAAAACAACAAGUCGUCGGAUUCGGAUUGGUUCCGCCUGGAAUCGAACAAGGAGGGAACAAAAUGGUUCGGAACAUGCUGGUAUGUCCACAACUUGCUCAAGUACGAGUUUGAUGUGGAGUUUGACAUUCCCGUGACGUACCCGGCGACGGCCCCGGAAAUUGCGCUCCCUGGUCUGGACGGUAAAACCGCCAAGAUGUACCGCGGCGGUAAGAUUUGCCUAACGGAUCACUUUAAGCCGCUGUGGGCGCGAAACGUGCCCAAGUUUGGGAUAGCGCACGCGAUGGCCCUCGGGCUGGCACCGUGGCUGGCGGUCGAGAUUCCGGACUUGAUAGAGAAAGGAGUCGUCACGUACAAGGAAAAGGGCGAAACAUCUGGCUGAGGAUGAGGUGCGCAAGGCUGGUAGGGGAAAUGUGUCUCUUAUUUGUGUUAUGAAAUUGUGGCAGAAAGAUUUAUAUGAAAAAAGUAAUAUUGUGCGUAAACGAUUUAUCAAUCAAUAGGCUAUUGCUUUUGUAUGCUUUAAAUGA